GACGACGAUCAUCGACACGAGGGCCCUCGACUGGACGGCAAACAUGUUGGACACGACGACGGUCAUGUACGACUCGACGACCAUCGUGUUCGACACGUCGACCACCGUACUCGUCACGACGACGAUCGUGGCAAUGACGAUCGUGUUCGACACGACGGAGUCAGGACUCGACGACCAUCGUGUUCGACACGAUGACGGCGUCAGGACUCGACCGACCGUCGUGUUCGACACGACGACCACCGUACUCGUCAGGACGGCGAUCGCGUCGGACACGACGACGAUCGUGUCGAUGAAGACCGUGGCGGACACGACGACCACCGUGCUCGUCACGACGGCCAUCGUGUCCGACCCGACGAGCAUUGCGGCGGACCCGACGACCAUCGUGUCAGACACGACGACGAUCAUCGACGAUCGUGUCAGACACGACGACGGCUGUGCUCGAUACGAUGGCAACCGUGUUCGACACGACGUCGGUCGUGUUCGACACGACGACGGCCGUGCACGACACAACGAUGAUCGUGUUCAACGAACCGGAUACGACGACGAGCGUGUUCGACACGACGACGGUCGUGUUCGACACGACGACGGUCGUGUUCAGCACGACCACCAUCGUGCUUGACACGACGACGAUCGUGUUUGACACGA